CUCCAGCCUAUCCUCUCUAAACAGUGAAGGCAAUGGUCCUGGCAGAGAGUCCUGCUUUCGGAGGGAGACUUUUACACUGCACAAAAGCUAGGGGAAACACUCGUCGCUGAAAUGAACCAGAGCCCUCGGGCACUCGCCGUGGAUUAAAACGGAAACUUUUACGAUGGCUCUGAACGUGAAAAAGUAGCACGAGAAGCCCGCUCGCUAACCGCCGCCACCAACGGACCUUCUACUGCAAAGCAACUCCUAGUAGAUGCACGGCCACUGCUGAAAAAUAUGCUCCAGCCGAGCCGCCUCAACCCCGGCUUCAGUAGCAAAUUCCCAGUGUUAUAACCAGUUUCGUGAGACAUUCGCCGGCUCCUGUUUGUUUGUUUCCUCCUCUCCAUACCUACAAAGUCCUCCGUACAAGUCCCACCUGCGAGAGAGAAUUAUGGCAGGGAAGCUGACAGCAGCGCAAGGCACAGGAAUACUGCUGGUGACAGCCAACGUUGGAUCCCUGUUCGAGGAUCCUGAAAAUCUACAGAAAACGUGGCUGAGGGAGUUUUAUCAGACAGUACAGUCACACAAGCCUCACUUCUUGGCAGUGCACUGUCAGGAGGUGGGCGGGAAGAAUUAUGAGGCAUCCAUGUCACACGUGGAUUGUUUUGUGAAAGAGCUGUUGUCCAGUGAUGCCAUGCGAGAGUACAACAGAGCCCGCGUCUACCUCGAUGAGAACUACAAAUCCCAGGAGCAUUUCACAGCUCUGGGAAGUUUCUACUUUAUCCACGAGUCUUUGAAAACCAUCCACCAGUUUGAUUUCAAAGCCAAGAAAUUCAAGAAGGUUGUAGGGAAGGAGACCUACUCAGAGACACUAGAAAGCACACCCUCACUGGAGAAGGAGAAGUUUCCACAGGACUACUUUCCUGAGUGCAAGUGGUCCAGAAAGGGAUUCAUCCGAACUCGAUGGGCCCUGCCUGAAUGUGCCUUUGAUCUGGUCAACAUCCACCUUUUCCACGAUGCUUCCAACUUGGUGGCCUGGGAGAAAAGCCCCUCUGUCUACUCUGGGACCAGGCAGAAGGCGCUGGGCUACGUUUUAGACAGGAUCACGGACCAGCGGCAUGAGAGGUUGCCAUAUUUUGUCUUUGGGGACUUUAACUUCAGGUUGGACUCGAAGCAGGUUAUUGAGAGUCUCUGUUCCACUGCCACCAUGCAGACAGUCAGAGCCGCCGACACCAAUGAAGUCGACAAGCUAAUAUUCCGAGAAAGUGAUAAUGACCGAAAGGUUGUUCUUCAACUUGAAAAGAAGCUUUUUAAUUAUGUCAACCAGGACGUUUUCCGGGAAAACAAUGGGACCUCACUUUUAGAGUACGACAAAGAGCUGUCUGUGUUCAAGGAUCGGCUACAUGAACUGGAGAUCUCUUUCCCACCCAGUUAUCCGUACAGUGAAGACAGCAGUCAGGGGAAGCAGUACAUGAACACCAGAUGUCCCGCCUGGUGUGACCGAAUCCUCUUAUCUCCCUCUGCCAGAGACCUGGUCUUAAAGCCUGAAAAUGAAGAGAAGUCUGUAGUGUAUGAUAACAUCGGGCCCAAUGUCUGCAUGGGGGACCACAAGCCCGUCUUCCUGUCCUUCCGAAUAACAACGGGGGCAGGUAAACCUAAUGCAAAUAAGCACAAGUGUUGUGUGGUGCAGUGAUGUCGUGGGAAGUGUUGCCAAAGGGGGGAGAAGAUAUUCCGUGAAGCGCCUCUGUGAGAACACCGGAGAAACAAACAGGACACCAACAUGCACACAUGCACACAUGCACACAAACACACAACACACACAACACACACACAUACACUUUGCACAAGCAUACACUGAAGACAAAGUUUUUCAGCAGUGCUGACCAGUUGCAGUUGUCCUGACACCUCAUCCAUACAAAAAUGCAGCCGUUUUCUCUCCAUAAGACACUUGUUGAGACGUGGACGAGCACCCCAAGGGCCUGGCUCCAGACAAGACACACAUCGCUGACCUCACUGUUGCCAUGCAACCCCAUUCCCCAGAGAAGAAAAAAACAAGGACGGACGGAAGGACGACUCUUUUCCAUGCCACAGCCUCGUUGCCAAAACUCUAAUUGAAAUCAGUCCUACUACACUUUUAGACACCAUACUUGCCAUUUUUAGGUAUGCCUCUAUGUAUAGAAGCUACUCUCCACACAGUAUGUAAGGUGUUUUAAGAAAAGAAAAGUGCAAUGCAAAAAAAGUUGUAUAUCUAUAUUGUUAGGUUUAUUUGUACAUUGGACAGUAUAACAUAGAGUUGUUGAUGGUUUUAGUGCCGUUCUCUUUUCUGACCAAACUUUGUGGUCCCUUUGUUGGAAUAGAUAGAACUUCUCUGUUUAUUUCAACAAUUACUAUAUAAAUAUAUAUAUAUACUUUUUGUUUUGUUUUUGAGUUGUUGUUGUUGUUGUUGUUGUUGUGUGCACAACACACUGCCAUGCCUGACACAUCAGUUGAGUCUCAUUUUAUAUACUGUACUUUUUAAAGAGAUAAUUUAUAAUUCUUACCAAAAUGUUUAUGCUGAAGUGUGUGCGCAGACAGAGUGACUGUUUGGGUGUUCCUGCAGCCACAGUGACCUUUGAACAGUCAGUGGGAGAGGAGAGACACAGAAAAACGCUGUUCAGUGAUUUAUUGCCUAUCCAAGAAUGUUUUAAGCAGUGCCAUAGACCAUGCAAGUAUAUAAGAUAAUGUUUCAUAUAUAGCACUCUCACGUUAUUUCAUUAUUCUUACUCUAACUUAUUUCUAUAAUAUUAUGGUUCUGAAUGUGAUAUUUUAGAUAGGCUUGGGUAUCCUUAAAAUGUAAACUGUUUUUGUUUGUUUUUUUGUUUUCUCUGUCAGUUUUUGUUACUGCAUUAUGGUGCCAAGUAUCACACAGAGAUGAAGUGUGUAAGAGUUAUAAAAUACUUAAGUCAGAUGGUAAAGGUAUUGAUUAUGUAAUGUAAAAAAAAAUAGAGAGAAACUCUAAAUGCGUGAAAGAGCAGGAAGACUUGCUUUUUAUUUGUUCCGUGUGUAGCCUUCAGCAGCCUUCAUUGCAGAUAAUUUGAGCAUUAAAGAGGCGGUGGGACACGCCAGCGUUUCUUUUUAUCGAUUUCAUUUACGACACUACAGAUUUCAGACUGUGUGAAGCCGUCAGAUUGAUCCUGUGAUUUUUUUUUCUUCAUCUAAAUCACCGCAAGUGGAAAUGAUUUUGUGCCUGCCGCAGAAUUUAUGUUGUCUUGUGUGAUUUGGUUUGUAGGCAAAACGUUUUUUUCUUCUUCUUCUUCUUCUUUUUUUUUGUAAAAGGCCUGCUUGUUUUCGUUCCUGCUGGUCAUUGUGAGCAUACUGUAGGAGUAUAAGCCGCAGUUCUUUCUUCACUCCAUCUUAUAAAAAGCAGAUAGAGAUUUUAUUCUAGCCCCUCUCUGGACGGCCUGGCCUCUACUGUAGGUGAUGCAGUUCUCAAGCAAUAAAAACCAUUAGAGCUCA